CCCUUCCUGCCCUUCUGCAGAUCAAUCAAAGUCUGAAAAAUUUCAACUGCAGCCACCUGAUAUCCUCUUCUAACUCCACCCAGGUGAGUGAGGCAAAGGUAGAGAAGGAGGGAUGGGUGCACAGCGUAGCUGCCGGAGGUUGUCCCCUGCCUACCAGGACCUCUCUUCCCACUGCCACGCCUUUGCCUCCCUGGAGUGCAGGCCCACCCCUGGCCUGACCUGGGCCCUGCUAAAGCCCCUUCCUAUACACUGGGCCCUCCAUCUGGCAUUUCUACCUCCCCACAGGCUUACCUGGUGAAAGAAGGGAUGCUGAACCCGGGAGCAGCCAGGAUGAUCAGGGAUAUGAUGAAUGAGGAUGUUGAAUUCAAGUCAUUCCUAGAGUCCGGGAAAUCUGACAUCAUCUUCUCCAAAAGUGAUGAGUAAGACUGAUCUAAGUGAGAACUCAAAUCUGUCCCCUCCUCCAAUCAGAGCAGAGAAAGGGAACUUGGAUUAUUGAGCAGUUACUAUGUGCCAGGCACUGCCCUAAGCACUUCCCAAGUAUUAUGGCAUUUAACCUUAUGAUCACCUAGAAGGCUUCUGUGGCCCAGCGAUAUUAUGAAACAGCCAAGUUGACACAACUGGGCCAAGGGCUAGAGCCUGGAUCCAAACCCAGGUCUGUGGGAUUCCUCCUGGGAUGCAGAAUUGCAUGGUGGCUGACCCCAGGGCCUGUCAUCGUGGGAAACACCCUUUUCUCUGGGUGUCAGUGUUCCGAACUAGAAAAUUCAAGGCUAAUCCUUCCCUCGCAGAGACUGGUUAAGAUGACGUAUAAAGUGUGUGUAUGAAGCUAGCUUCUUCCCCUUUCAGACCAGGAUCCCUGCUGGAGACGGGGCGACCUGGCCUCCCGCCUCCCACCCCCACCCUCCGCUCUCUUCACCUCCACAGCUUUACCGAGAUCACAGGUGGCUUCGACCAGCUCCCGGAAGCCCUGAGUGCCAGCUUGAAGCCUGGCACCAUCCAUCUGGGCUCCAGGGUGGAGCUGGUAGUGAGGGAUGGGCCUGAGGUCCACGUUUCCUACCGGGUGGGCAAGUCCAACUCUGCACUGCACAACCUCACAGCGGAUUUUGUCAUCAUCUCCGCCUCCGCCAGCGCCACCAGCCUCAUCACCUUUAGGCCACCACUCCCGCUAGACAAGGUGGACGCGCUGCGCUCGGUGCAUUACGUCAGCGCCACCAAGGUGGUCCUGGCCUGUGAGGAGCCCUUCUGGGAGCGGGAUGGCAUCCACGGCGGGGUCUCCAUCACCGACGGGCCCUCGCGCUACAUCUACUACCCCAGCCACAGCCUUCCCAGCGGCAAGGGUGUCCUGCUGGCGUCCUACACGCUGGGCGACGAUUCCCUCUUCUUCGCGUCCAUGAAGCACGACCAGGUGGUGGAUACCGUCCUGGAGGACCUGGCGGCGGUGCACCAGGUGCCCAAGGAGGCGCUGCGGCACCUGUGCCCCUCCUCUGUGCUCAAGCACUGGUCUCUGGAUCCCCUCCUCGGGGGCGCCUUCGCUGUGUUCACUCCCUACCAAGCUAAGGACUAUGUGCCGCGGCUCUCCCAGCCGUCGGGCCGCAUCCACUUUGCUGGCGAGCACACCUGCCUGCCCCCUGGCUGGAUCGACACUGCCAUCCAGUCCGGCCUCCGGGUAGCCAGGAGCAUCCAGGCUGCUGUGGACCAGGAGGCCAGAGGGGGCAGGCCUUCGCCAACACCCAGAACAGUUUCUGACGUGGAAAGAAGUCGGGGGGAAGAGGCUCAGGAGACAGAUCAUCAUUAG